UAUCGAUAUUGCCGCACCUAUUAAGCAACAGGUUGCAAAUUUGAGUCAUCACAAUAACAAGAAGACAUCUAUUGUGUUCUGCCCGCGGACAUAACACCACUCUCGCCGCCGCCGAUCUAUCUCUCACUUCAAAAUCAUCCCUCACUCCCUUCCUUCCCAUUCUUGACGACAUUCUAUCCUUUAUCACACACUCGAAGUAAUACCAUACGACCUCGCGGCCAUGGCAGAGCAGGCCUCAGCAGGCGGCUCUCUCGCAGACCGCAUCUCCAAACCCGAAACGAUGAAUGCGCAGGCAGAUUCAUUCCAACCCAAAUCAGGCACCUCAUGGGCAGAUGAGGUCGCAUCUCCUGCUGGCGAAGAGCCUGCCUCAACCUCGAAUUUGGACGCAACAACAGCUCCAGAACCCUCCGCGGCGGCCGGUCAAGUUGAUGGUGCCACAGAGCCUUUUGGCGGAUCGCAACUGCAAGAGCCUGAAUACGAGGUGAACGUCAAGUUGGCGGACAUGCAAGCUGAUCCAAACAACCCUCUCUAUUCAGCUACAUCAUUUGAGCAGCUUGGCUUGUCUGAGGAAAUCCUCAAGGGCGUCAUGAGCAUGAACUUCCGAAAACCCUCAAAGGUCCAAGAGCGCACACUACCCCUUCUUCUAAUGAAUCCUCCUCAAAAUCUCAUCGGUCAGUCACAAUCCGGAACGGGAAAGACGGCGGCAUUUGUGCUCAACAUUCUGCACCGCAUUGAUCUCAGUACCGAACAACUGCAAAAGACUCCACAAGCGCUGGUUCUGGCUCCCAGCAGAGAACUCGCCCGACAGAUUCAAGGCGUUGUCAAGGUCAUGGGCUCGUUCAUUCCUGGACUCAUUGUCGAAGCAGCUGUUCCUCAGGAUGCUGCAGCCCGUUCGCGAAAGAUUGAAGCAUCAGUAAUUGUCGGAACACCUGGUACCACCAUGGACAUGAUCCGCAAGCGAUCCAUGGACGUCAAACAACUCAAGGUGCUUGUCCUUGAUGAGGCCGACAAUAUGCUCGAUCAGCAGGGUCUUGGCGACCAGUGCAUUCGCGUCAAAUCGAUGCUCCCCAAAGGCAUCCAAAUCAUUCUGUUCUCCGCCACCUUCCCCGACACCGUUAUCAAGUACGCCCAGAACUUUGCCCCUGGUGCCAAUCAAAUGACUCUUCAACAUGAGGAUUUGACGGUUGAAGGUAUUAAACAGAUCUACCUCGACUGCGAAGGUGAUCAAGCCAAGUAUGACGCCUUGGUCAAAUUCUAUGGCUUGUUGACCAUUGGGUCCUCUAUUAUUUUCGUCAAGACUCGAGAGACUGCACUCGCAAUCGAACAACGCAUGACUGCAGAGGGCCACAAAGUCGUCUCAUUGACUGGUGGCUACGAGGGUGCACAACGAGACGUAAUCAUCGACUCUUUCCGCAUGGGACAUGCCAAAGUCCUGAUCACGACAAACGUGCUCGCCCGUGGUAUCGAUGUUCAGUCAGUCUCCAUGGUUGUCAACUAUGAUGUUCCGGACAAGUUUGUUGGUCAUGGUAGAUUCGUGGCCGAUCCUCAGACCUAUCUCCAUCGUAUUGGACGAACUGGACGAUUUGGACGUGUUGGUGUUGCUGUCACCUUCAUCAGCAGCCGACAGGACUGGGACAAGUUGAUGGAAAUCCAGAGAUAUUUCAACACUACGAUGACCAAGGUUGCCACCGAUGAUUGGGACGAACUCGAGGAGACGGUCUCGAAAAUCAUCAAGAGUUCCAGAGCCGGCACGAACUGGAAAGAAGGUGCAAACAUGCAGGGGUAGGAAAGAAGAAGGAUGAAAAUAUGAUGCAAGGCCAUCUGAGAAAGAGAUGAGGCACGAAAAGCUCAGGAAGAUCUGCGCAAAAUGCCAGACAUCAAAGGAGGCGACGACCAGUCCGACAUCGGUGAUGCAGAAGAGCAGCGAUGGAAUGUUCAGACAGAUGCAUGGCUGCCGAUUGUUAAGGAUAAAUAGCAUACGGGAGGAGUUGAUACCCACGACGGCAUUCAAAGCGGAAUGAAGAAAAGCGUCAAGACAUAGCGAGAACUUGUCCUUGUUACCAUUCGCACGACUUGCCGAGCAGUUCAGCGAUAUUCUCCAGACCUUCCUGAUCUUGACCGUCGAACCCGCCUACCUCGGCGCAAUCAAUGUCAAGGACACCGACGACCUGCCAAAUGAUCAAUUAGCAUGCAACAUUAAGAGCAACCAAGGUUGAACAUUAGCAGAGCACGGGAACGGACCUUUCCACCACUCUUGAUUGGAACCACGAUCUCACUUCGGCUGUCGCUGUCGCACGCAAUAUGACCUGGAAACUGCUCGACGUCCUCGACCAGCACCGUCCUCCCUUCGCCUUCGGCCGCAGCACCACAUACGCCCUUUCCAAUCCUGAUGGUCUGGCAAGCGACCUUCCCCAUGAACGGGCCAAGGAUCAACUGCUUCUGCGGAUCCGUGGGGUCGAGCACGUAAAAGCCGCUCCAGUUCACGGAUGAUGACGGCGGUGGGAGAGAAUGGAACAUAUGCCAGAGUAACGAGGCCGCAUUGGCCGUGUUGGCCACCCAGUUACGCUGGCCUUCGAGCAGAGAUGUGAGAGACGCCAGGAGUUGGGAGUAUGCCUCUGCUUUGCUCAGCGAGGUGGAGAAAUUCGAUGCAUCUGCGUGAGGCUGAAGGGCCGUAUGACAAUUGAUCAAGUCAGAGACGCUGGCCGAGCUUUAAGUAGGGUUGAUAUUCAAGUUGGCUUACCAUGUUUAACGUGGCUUUUAUCCUCGUCUGUG